GCCCCCCCUUCCCUGCGUCUUCCCCCUCCGCCAUGCAUGGCGCGCUUCGGGGCUGCCUUUGCCUUCCCGGGGGGCGAGGCGGGCGGGACCCAGGCCGGAGGAGGAGGCGGCGGCGACCGUCCGACGCGGCAGCAGGCGCGGCACUACCAGCUGCUCUCGGAGCUGCAGGAGCUGGUGAAGGAGCUGCCCAGUUCCUCCCAGCAGAGGCUGUCCUACACCAUCCUCAGCGACCUAGCCUUGGCCCUCCUUGACGGGACUGUCUUUGAGAUCGUGCAAGGCCUGCUGGACAUCCAGCAUCUGACCGAGCGAAACCUCUACAACCAGCGGCUCAAACUGCAGAUGGAGCAUCGAGCCCUCAAGCAGGAGGUCCUUCGCAAACACAAGGAAGACCAGCAGAGUUGCCAGCCGCACAACCUGCCGCUCCUGAAGGCCGCUCAGCAGCGAGAGAUGGAGGCCGUGGAGCAGCGAAUUCAUACCGAGCAACGGAUGAUGGACGAGAAAAUCGUCUUGGAGCUGGAUCAGAAAGUGGUGGACCAGCAGAGCACCCUGGAGAAAGCUGGCGUCUCGGGCUUCUACAUCACCACCAGCCCCCAGGAACUGACGCUCCAGAUGAAUCUGCUGGAGCUCAUUCGGAAGCUACAGCAAAAGGAACUCCUGCCUAGACCGGGUUUUUCUUAAGAAGGAACCCGGGAACAUCUCCCACUACACCCAGUAUCAGCCCCCCGGGGGUCUUGUGGCAAAAUGGAUGACGAGCGGUUAUUUUUAUUUAGGGGGCUUGCCUCCCGAGACAGCAGAACAAGGCAGGGUCCGGCAGGCCCAGGGCUUUCUUGUGGACCCCACCCGGAGGAGCUCAGCUCCAGUUGGGUCUCUCUCAGAAUGGGGGUCCUGGGUUUUUAUUCGGAACGUUUGAGGGAUUUCCAAAAUAUCUAAAGGUCGAUAUUUGGAAAUUGUAAUAAAGGAAAUACAGGCGGUUAAAAAAAAGGCAAUAAACGCAAUUUAUUUAUUCAGUAGAUUUCUAUGGCUGCCCAUCUCAAACACAGGAUUCCAGGUGGCUAACAGUAUUUAAAAUAGACAAAAAAAAUGGAAAACACAGAGCAGCUGGGGGAAAAAAUGGCAGAAGCAACAAUCAACAUUCAGCCCGACCAAGAAAGGGGCUUGUGGUGCUCUGUGCAGGUUUUCAUCUUGGGAAAGGGGGCUUUGGAAGAGGGAACAGGAAAGGACCCUGUGGAUGGGGAAAUUUCCAGAAUUAAAUUUUAUGACUAUAGAAAGUUU